CAUGGAAUGUAUGAAAACGUGAAUAUUUCUCAAUUUUCAUAGAUUCACGUGCUGGAUUAAUUAUUCUUAUUAAAGUGAAAAUUUAGAAGAGCAAUAAUAAUGGUGCUUUCGGUCGUUAUUAAUUCCUCCUCUCCUGAGAUAGAAUUGCUGAUAGUAAUUGAGAUAAUUAAAGAAAAUAAGAAAGAUAUAACUAUAUCGUGGAAAAAUGAAAUGAAAGGAAGUGCUUAUUUAUACGAUAAUGACAAAUUAUUGGCAGAAAGUAGUCAUGAGAUUAAUCGAUACUUUGCAAGAACAAUAAAUACUACACUUUAUGGUGGUACCUCUCCUUGUGAAAAAACACAAGUUGAUAAUUGGAUAUCAUUUGCCAUUGAAAAAUCAACUGAUAUAUCAAAGAUCAAGGAUAAUUUGGAUCAUCUUAAUCGUAUAUUAUUAACACGCACAUGGCUAGUGCACAAAAGUUUAACAUUGGCUGAUAUUUACAUAUUUUGCUCUUUGCUAAACCAACAGUAUAUAAAACAUUAUGAAAAAAAUUAUGAUAAUAUUACUAGAUGGUAUAAGCAUAUGGAAUCGCUUCAUUUUGUUAAAAACUCAUUGUCAGUCAUAGAAAAUUCUAUAUUUUCUCAAGUAAAGGAUGUAAUUCCUCAAAAGGAAAAACCUGUUGCUAAACAAACAAAAACAAAGAAACAGGAGGGUAAAUUUAUUGAUUUACCUGGAGCUGAGAUGAACAAAGUAGUGGUAAGAUUUCCACCUGAAGCAAGCGGUUAUCUUCAUAUUGGUCAUGCCAAAGCAGCUCUCUUAAAUCAGUAUUAUGCUGAGACUUUUGAAGGAAAACUCAUCAUGCGAUUUGAUGACACAAAUCCAGCGAAGGAAACUGUAGAAUUUGAAGAAGCCAUAUUGCAAGAUUUAAAAUUAUUGCAAAUUAAACCCCAUAGGUUUACACAUACUUCAGAUUACUUUGAGAUAUUAGAAAAAUAUUGUACUAUGCUAAUUGAAAAAGGAAUGGCAUUUGUGGAUAAUACCUUGGCAGAUGUUAUGAAGCAGGAACGUGAUCAAAGAAAAAAAUCUAAAAAUAGAGAUAACAGUGUUGAUACAAAUCUUAAGUUGUGGCACGAAAUGAAACGGGGUACACAAUCUGGUCUACAAUGUUGCGUGAGAGCAAAAAUAGAUUACGAGUCGACAAAUGGAUGUUUGCGCGAUCCAACAAUUUAUCGUUGCAAAUUAGAACCUCAUCCACGUACCGGAAAUAAGUACAAGGUAUAUCCUACUUAUGAUUUUGCCUGUCCAAUUGUUGACGUUAUUGAGAAUGUUACUCACACUCUGCGUACAACGGAAUAUCACGACAGAGAUGCUCAAUUUUAUUGGAUAAUCGAUGCCUUAGGAUUGCGUCGUCCAUAUAUAUGGGAAUAUUCACGUUUAAAUAUGACUUAUACAGUAUUGUCCAAACGGAAGUUAACGUGGUUUGUAAACGAAGGUUUAGUUGACGGAUGGGAUGAUCCGCGUAUGCCGACUGUCAGAGGUAUUCUGAGACGAGGAAUGACAAUCGAGGGUUUGAAACAAUUCAUCAUUGCACAAGGUAGUUCUAAAUCUGUAGUCUUUAUGGAAUGGGACAAGAUAUGGGCUUUCAACAAGAAAGUCAUCGAUCCAGUCGCAGUAAGAUAUACAGCAUUGGAUUAUGAUACAUUGGUAACAGUUAACAUAGUAGAUGCUAAAGAAGGAUGGUUGGAUGUGCAAAAUCAUCCUAAAGAUCCUUCUAAAGGUAUCAAAAAAGUGCGAAUAAGUCCUAAAAUAUUGAUAGAAAGAGAUGAUGCUAAAGCAUUAAUUGUCGGACAAAAUGCGACCUUUAUCAAUUGGGGUAAUUUGAUGAUAGAAGAAAUACACAGAGACGAGUCUGAUAAUAUUAAAAAUGUAAAGGCGCGGUUAAAUUUAACGGACAAAAAUUAUAAAAACACAUUAAAGCUCACAUGGAUAGCUGCACCAUUGGACAAAGAUGGAGUCACUCAAGAAGAUACAAUACAAUCAAAUCCAGUAGAGUGUUAUGCCGUCUAUUUCAAUCAUAUUAUGAAUGUACCAGUCUUGGGCAAAGAUGACGAUUUUAAAAACUUUGUUGCCAAGGAUACAAGGAAAGAGGUUAAAAUGUGGGGUGAAGUAGAAAUGAAAAAUGUGAAGAAGGGAGAGAUAAUCCAGCUUCAGAGAAAGGGUUUCUUUAUUUGUGAUGUUCCAUAUGCACCUAUAAGUUCUUAUUCAUUGCGCCAGCAACCUGUUAUAUUAUUCCAUAUACCCGAUGGACACAUGACAACGCCUUCUGUUACACUUCCUAUUGCACCUUCUGCAUCACAACAGAGAGAUAUAACACAGCAGAAGAAGAUAGCGUGUGAAAAAACGGUUAAAGACAAGAAAACUGAAUUUGAAAGUGUAAAAGAAGAGUAUAAGAUAAGUGAAGAAAUAAAAAAACAAGGUGACAAAGUGCGAAAUUUAAAGAGCUCGAAAGCCGAUAAAAGUAUCAUCGAUCAAGAAGUAAAAAUUCUCUUGAGCUUAAAAAAUGAUUAUAAGACUGCAACUGGUGAAGAGUGGAAACCUGUGAGUGAAAAAACUGUUAAAGACAAGAAAAUUGAAUUUGGAAGUUUAAAAGAAGAGUAUAAAAUGAUAAGUGAAGAAAUAAAAAAACAAGGUGACAAAGUGCGAAAUUUAAAGAGCUCGAAAGCCGAUAAAAGUAUCAUCGAUCAAGAAGUAAAAAUUCUCUUGAGCUUAAAAAAUGAUUAUAAGACUGCAACUGGUGAAGAGUGGAAACCUGUGAGUGAAAAAACUGUUAAAGACAAGAAAAUUGAAUUUGGAAGUUUAAAAGAAGAGUAUAAAAUGAUAAGUGAAGAAAUAAAAAAACAAGGUGACAAAGUGCGAAAUUUAAAGAGCUUGAAAGCCGAUAAAAGUAUCAUCGAUCAAGAAGUAAAAAUUCUUUUGAGCUUAAAAAAUGAUUAUAAAACUGCAACUGGUGAAGAGUGGAAACCUGUGAGUGAAAAAACUGUUAAAGACAAGAAAACUGAAUUUGGAAGUUUAAAAGAAGAGUAUAAGAUGAUAAGUGAAGAAAUAAAAAAGCAAGGUGACAAAGUGCGAAAUUUAAAGAGCUCGAAAGCCGAUAAAAGUAUCAUCGAUCAAGAAGUGAAAAUCCUCUUGAGCUUAAAAAAUGAUUAUAAAACUGCAACUGGUGAAGAGUGGAAACCUGCCUCAGAUUUGGAAGUAACAUCGAAAAAGAAAAAGGAGGACGUUCCUAUGCCUGGAAAAAUGUUACAGAAAGAAAUUGCGAAAAGCGCUACCAAUAAAGAUAUAGAUGUAGGUAAAACGGGCACGAGAUUAGGAUUGGAAGCGAAAAAGGAAGAGAACUUCUUUGACUGGUAUUCGCAAGUUAUCACAAAGAGCGGAAUGAUCGAAUAUUACGAUGUAUCCGGAUGUUACAUUCUUCGCCCAUGGAGUUUUGCAAUUUGGAAAAUAAUAAAAGAGUACAUCGAUAAGGAGAUAACGGCGCUCGGUGUCCAAGAAUGCUACUUUCCGAUCUUUGUUACUCGUGGCGUAUUAGAGAAGGAGAAGACACAUAUAACGGAUUUUGCGCCGGAAGUCGCAUGGGUGACAAAAUGUGGCGAAUCAGAUCUGGCAGAGCCUGUAGCUAUACGACCGACUUCGGAAACUGUCAUGUAUCCAGCUUAUGCCAAAUGGCUAAGAUCAGACACUGAAUUACCACUCAGACUUAAUCAAUGGAAUAACGUUGUGAGAUGGGAAUUUAAAGAUCCCAAACCUUUUCUACGCACUAGAGAAUUUUUGUGGCAAGAGGGCCAUAGCGCGUUUGCUACCAAGGCGGAAGCGGAUGAGGAAGUGUUGAUCAUCUUAGACAUUUAUGCCAAAGUUUACGAAGAUUUAUUGGCUGUCCCCGUUAUCAAAGGCCGCAAAACUGAAAAGGAAAAAUUUCCAGGAGGUGAUUAUACGACUACUGUCGAGGCGUUUAUUUCGACCAGCGGUCGCGCGAUACAAGGAGCAACGAGUCACCAUUUGGGACAAAACUUUUCCAAGAUGUUUAACAUUCAAGUAGAAGGUAUUGCAGAAGGAGACGAAAAAACAUUUGUUUAUCAGAAUUCAUGGGGUUUAACUACACGAACGAUCGGAGUUAUGAUAAUGGUACACGGAGACGAUAAAGGUUUAGUAUUACCACCAUGUAUAGCAUCUAUACAAGGCAUCGUUAUUCCAUGUGGCAUAACUGCGAAUAUGUCCACGAUAGAGAAAGAAUUACUUCAAAGCGAAUGUGUUAAGUUGGUCGAUGAAUUGAGUAAAGUCAGCAAAUUUAGAGUAAAAGGUGAUUUUAGAAAUAAUCGAACACCCGGAUGGAAGUUCAACCACUGGGAGUUGAAAGGCGUACCAGUGAGAAUCGAAUUAGGUCCGAAAGAUAUGAAGAAGAAUCAAGUAACAUUCGUAAGAAGGGAUAACUUGCAGAGAACAACUGUUAACAGAGAUACGGUAGCUGCAUCAUUAGAUUGCUUAUUAAAAGAUAUACAAGUGCAAUUGUUGUGCAGAGCAAAAAAGAAUCUCGAUGCGCAUAUCAAACAAGUCGAAAAUUGGAGCGACUUUGGUACCGAGCUCAAUAACAAGAAUUUAUUAUUGUCACCUUUCUGCGGCGAGCCGACGUGUGAGGAUAACAUUAAAACAGAUAGCGCGAGAGAGGAUAGCGGUGAUGAACCUGGAGCUUUAUCAAUGGGCGCUAAAAGUCUUUGUAUACCAUUUGAACAGCCAAAAUUGACAAAAUCACUGGAUGAGCUAAAGUGUAUUCAUCAUAGUUGCAAAAACAAAGCAAAGUUUUAUACACUUUUUGGACGAAGUUACUAAUAUAUAUAAAUAAAAAUAAAACUCAAUUAUAAUCCAUAAUUUAUACAAUAAACUUUAUUGGAAUGGACUCUGAUAUAU